AGCUUUUCGAAGAAGCAAAACUUUUGUGUCCAACAUAAUUAUUAUUAUUAUCCAUCUCGUCGCCAACAGCGGCAGCGACCGUGAAUCGGACACUCUCCGGUGAAUAAGGAUCGCUCCGACGAGGUUACUGUACAGACUAAAUACUCACCAUAAUGAAGGUUUUUGUGAAAACUCUGAAAGGAACUAAUUUCGAGAUCGAAGUUAAACCUGAAGACACGGUGGAAGAUGUGAAGAAAAACGUAGAGAAAAUACAAGGUAGAGAUGUAUACCCAGCUGAACAACAGAUGUUAAUUUAUCAGGGAAAAGUACUCAAGGAUAAUACAACACUUGAGGAAAAUAAAGUUGCUGAAAAUACUUUUAUCGUCGUUAUGCUGAGCAAGACCAAAGUAUCUCCUGGUGGAGUGUCAACUGUCUCAUCCGCACAAACAAGUCAAGCUCAACCUGCAAGUACUUUGCCUCCUACCACAACACAACCAGCAACAACUGCUCAAUCUCCUGCACCAACUGCAGAGAUACCACAAUCCGCUUCUGAAUCUACACCUGCUGUAGUUAAUCCUAUUUCCAGUUCAGAAACGGACAUAUAUGGACAAGCAGCCUCAAAUCUCGUUGCAGGAAGUAAUUUAGAGUCUACUGUUCAACAGAUACUGGACAUGGGAGGAGGAAGUUGGGAUCGUGAAACUGUUGUGCGUGCUCUGCGUGCUGCAUUUAACAACCCUGCAAGGGCUGUUGAGUAUCUAUACUCUGGGAUUCCUGAGCAAGCAGAAGUCCAACCAGUACCCCGAGUUCCUGCUAGUGCGCAGGCUGCAAAUCCACCUGCCCCAGCUCAACAACUACCUGCCCCAACCAGUGUUGGGCCCAAUGCUAACCCUUUAGAUCUUUUCCCACAGGGUCUUCCCGCUAUGGGAUCCAAUGCUUCUAGUGCAGGCACGUUGGAUUUUUUGCGCAAUAGUCAACAGUUCCAAGCUUUGCGAGCCAUGGUGCAAGCAAACCCCCAAAUCCUCCAGCCUAUGCUUCAGGAACUAGGGAAGCAGAAUCCACACCUUAUGCGGCUUAUUCAAGAACACCAAGCUGACUUCUUGCGGUUGAUAAAUGAACCUGUUGAAGGAGAGGGGGACCCGCUUGGUCAGUUGGCCUCAUCAGUUCCCCAAGCUGUCUCUGUGACCCCUGAGGAGCGUGAAGCAAUUGAACGACUUGAAGCAAUGGGCUUUGAACGAACUUUAGUAUUGGAGGUGUUCUUUGCAUGCAACAAGAAUGAAGAACUGGCAGCCAACUAUCUACUAGACCACAUGCAUGAGUUUGAGGAAUGAACCAAAGUGUCACUCUUCGGUGUUGGGUGAUCUUCAUCUUGUCAUUAUGUAUUUUAUCCCAACUAAUUGUCUUGAGGAAACUCUGGAUCUAACUGUCAAGAUUUGCCCUGAUUUUUAUCCUUGGACAAAUUGCACAUUCUCUUUUAUUUAUGUUGAUUAUACAGAGUCGUGUUAAAAUA